AACUCUGUCUCCUUGCUUGUUCUUCAGGCUUUUCUUAAUCCUUUGUUUUCGGCACAAGCAGCACCGAAUGAAGUUUUCAGAGAGUAUAUUGGAGCAGAGUUUAAUAAUGUCAAGUUCACAGAUGUACCAGUUAACCCUAAUGUUGAAUUCCAUUUCAUCCUUUCUUUUGCCAUUGACUACACCACUUCAUCUUCUGCUUCCCCUACCAAUGGGAACUUUAAUGUUUUCUGGGACUCUGACAAUCUCAGUCCCUCUCAAGUCUCUUCCAUCAAGAAGAAACAUUCAAAUGUCAAAGUAGCAGUGAGUUUAGGAGGGGAUAGUGUCGGUGACAGUUCUGCACUUUUCAACCCUUCCUCAGUUGAAUCAUGGGUUCAAAAUGCUGUUUCUUCACUCACUGAGUGUAUUGGACAGCUUUUGACUACCCUAAAAGGAAACGGGAUCAUCUCUUUUGCUUCCAUAGCUCCUUUUGAUGAUGAUCAAGUUCAGAGCCAUUAUCAAGCUCUGUGGAGUAAAUAUGGUCAUCUAAUAGACUAUGUGAACUUCCAAUUCUAUGCUUAUGAUCAAGGAACAAGCGUGUCUCAGUUUUUGGACUACUUCCAAACUCAAACCUCAAACUACAAUGGGGGUAAGAUCUUACCUAGCUUCGGCACCGACAGUUCAGGUGGUUUAUCUCCAGAAAAUGGCUUUUUUACUGCUUGCAGUAAGCUCAGAAGUCGAGGAAAACUUCACGGUAUCUUCAUUUGGUCUGCAGAUGACUCAAAAAAGAACGGGUUUCGUUAUGAAAAAUGAUCACAGGCAAUGUUAGCUAGUGCACGCUAAGUUUGUUCAUGUUUAGAGUUUCUUAUCUUCUAUUUAGUAUAUCUAAUAUUGUAUUGUGCUUUAUGUGGCUAUGUGAUAUAUAUGAUACUGUACUUACUUGUGAA